UCUACUUUUGUUUAUAUCUCUAAAACCCUAAACCCUGUAAAUCUCCCAUUUCCAUUUCCCCUAAUGCUUCGAUUAAUCCUCAAAUGUCCCUUUAAACCUCAAUUACCCUACUCCUUCCUGCUCCUUAAAUCCUCUUUCUCCGCCGCCAGCCUCGCCGUCGACCACCCUGAACCACCAACCACCACCACCACCACCAAAACUGCAUUUUCAAAAAUUCUCACUUUUUUUCAAACUUAUUGCACUAAAGGCUCCGCGAAGCUUUUAAAAGGCGACCCAUGUAUUAAAAAUUUAAUCUUUGAGCUGAAUGAAUUAGAAAUAGAAGGCAUUGUUGAGGAACUGAGUGUUGAGAAUCCCGAAUCUGCCCUUGAGUUCUUUUUCUUGUUGAGAAAUGAUUAUGGGUUUAAGCAUUCGAGAGUUUCACACAUUAUUGUUGCUCAUGUUUUGGCUAAAAAACAGAGGUUUAGAGCUUUGAAGUUUCAUUUGCAAAAUUUGGUUCAAGAAGAAGGCUCGGGUUCAGCUUCUUUGCUAAGUGA